AACCUGUGGCGCGCUCCGCGGUUCCGGCGCCUGAAGUUUUAGCUGCGGUGGCGGCGGCAGUCGGGACCUACUGCAAGGCAGGUUGAGAUGAUGGAUCUGAGGCUUGCAGCUCGCAGUCCCAACGAGCCUUAGGGACCAGGGCUACCAAAAGGGUGGGGAGAACGGUGGUGGCAUCUGUCUGUUGCCUGGGUUCCAGGCGCCCGGUUGGGGAAUCCUUACUUCAGGAAGCGCAGCCGCGGCUCUGUGUUUUGAGAGUGCAAAUGUCAUUUGUCAGAGUGAACCGCUGUGGUCCCCGAGUUGGUGUAAGAAAGACACCGAAAGUAAAGAAGAAGAAAACUUCAGUGAAACAAGAAUGGGAUAAUACCGUGAGUGAUCUAACCAUUCAUCGGGCAACUCCUGAAGAUCUGGUACGCCGUCAUGAAAUACACAAAUCGAAGAAUAGAGCAUUAGUACACUGGGAACUCCAAGAAAAAGCUUUGAAGAGAAAAUGGAGGAAGCAGAAACCAGAAACUUUAAAUCUUGAGAAAAGAAGAUUGUCUAUCAUGAAGGAGAUUCUUUCUGAUCAAUACCAGAUGCAAGAUGUGUUGGAGAAAUCUGAUCACCUAAUAGCUGCAGCAAAAGAGCUGUUUCCUCGUAGGCGCACAGGGUUUCCAAAUGUAACAGUGGCUCCUGAUUCCUCUCAGGGUCCCAUUGUGGUAAAUCAAGACCCUAUCACCCAAUCUAUCUUUAAUGAGUCUGUCAUAGAACCUCAGGCUCUUAAUGAUGUAGAUGGUGAAGAAGAAGGAACUGUUAAUAGCCAGUCAGGAGAAAGUGAGAAUGAGAAUGAGUUGGAUAACUCUCUAAACUCUCAGUCUAACACGAAUACAGACAGGUUUCUCCAACAACUAACAGAAGAGAAUUCUGAGUUAAUUAGUAAGUUGUGGACUGACAUUCAGCAGAAAAUAGCAACCGAGUCACAAAUAACUCCUCCAGGAACGCCAUCAUCUGCUCUUUCAUCAGGGGAGCAAAGAGCUGCUCUGAAUGCUACCAAUGCUGUCAAGAGACUCCAAACCAGGCUUCAGCCUGAAGAAUCUACUGAGACUCUAGACUCAAGCUAUGUUGUGGGACACGUGCUGAACUCAAGGAAGCAAAAACAGCUGUUAAAUAAAGUGAAAAGAAAACCGAAUUUGCAUGCUCUUUCCAAGCCGAAGAAAAACAUGUUAUCAGGUAGCACAACCUCUGCAGACUUACCAAAUAGGACUAAUUCCAACCUGGAUGUCCUCAAACACAUGAUACAUGAAGUGGAACAUGAAAUGGAAGAAUAUGAGCGGUGGACAGGUCGCGAGGUCAAGGGUCUGCAGAGCAGUCAGGGUCUUACAGGCUUCACUUUGUCGCUGGUGAGCUCCCUCUGUCGCCUGGUUCGGUACCUUAAAGAGAGUGAGAUCCAGCUACGUAAAGAAGUAGAGACAAGGCAACAACUGGAACAAGUAUUAGGUGAUCAUCGAGAGCUCAUUGAUGCUCUGACAGCUGAAAUUCUUCGUCUUAGAGAAGAAAACGCUGCUACACAGGCAAGACUUCAGCAGUACAUGGUCACAACAGAUGAGCAACUGAUAUCACUCACACAUGCUAUUAAGAACUGUCCUGUGAUAAAUAACAGACAAGAAAUUCAGGCAUCAGAAAGCGGAGCCACAGGUAGAAGAGUUAUGGACAGUCCAGAGCGUCCAGUUGUAAAUGCCAAUGUCUCAGUGCCAUUGAUGUUCAGAGAGGAAGUGGCUGAAUUCCCACAGGAAGAGUUGCCUGUUAAACUGUCUCAGGUGCCAGACCCUCCAGAUAACAUGAAUCUGGCCAAGAAUUUUCCAGCACAUAUUUUUGAGCCAGCUGUGUUGUUAACACCACCCAGGCAGAAGAGCAACUUAAAAUUCUCUCCUCUUCAGGAUGUAUUGAGAAGGACUGUUCAAACUCGUCCUGCUCCACGACUUCCUCCAACUGUGGAAAUAAUUGAGAAGGAACAAAAUUGGGAAGAGAAGACCUUACCUAUUGAUACAGACAUUCAGAAUUCAGGUGAAGAGAAUCGUCUCUUCACUCAGAGAUGGAGAGUCUCUCACAUGGGAGAAGAUUUGGAGAACAAAACUCAGGCUCCUUUUGUUAACCUCUCACAGCCCCUCUGCAAUUCCCAUUCCAACACUCAACAGUCAAGAAGCCCCACAUUCUCAGAAGAGCUCCCAGUACUGGGAGAUGGGCAGCAGCUGAGAACAAAUGAGUCAUUAAUACAAAGAAAGGACAUAAUGACACGAAUUGCUGAUUUGACAUUGCAGAAUUCAGCUAUCAAGGCACAUAUGAAUAAUAUUAUUGAGCCCAGAGGAGAGCAAGGGGAUGGACUCCGGGAGUUGAACAAACAAGAAAGUGCAAGUGACAUGACUUCUACUUUUCCAGUAGCACAGUCUCUAACACCAGGUAGUAUGGAGGAACGGAUUGCAGAAUUGAAUCGACAAAGUAUGGAGGCUCGUGGAAAACUACUGCAGUUGAUAGAGCAGCAGAAACUUGUUGGUUUGAAUCUUUCUCCACCAAUGUCACCUGUUCAGUUACCUCUCAGAGCAUGGACUGAAGGAGCAAAGAGGACAAUUGAGAUAUCUCUUCCAGGAGCAGAAGCCCCAGAAAGCUCAAAAUGUAGUACUGUCUCUCCCGUCAGCGGGAUAAAUACAAGAAGAUCUUCCGGGGCUACUGGUAAUUCUUGUUCUCCACUAAAUGCCACCUCAGGAAGUGGGAGAUUCACACCUCUUAAUCCAAGAGCAAAGAUUGAGAAACAGAAUGAAGAAGGCUGGUUUGCUCUUUCUACCCAUGUAUCAUAAGUGAAGUCAAGUCUCACUGAGUUUGUUCUUAAUAAUUUAUUACUCCCCUUUCCCUGCUCUGACUUUUAAGUUUUUAUAUCCUUCUUUCAGAUAAAACCUACAAAGAUCCUGUGAAUUAGUACUAAUGAAACAGAGAAAUAAAGCAAUUAUUUUUUGACUUUCUCAAAUAAGUUUUCAACAACCAACUGACCUACAGCUCCCUGUGAAUGAAACUUUGACUGUAGAGAAGUUGAAGUUUUGUAUUUUAAUACUUUCUUAAGUAUUUUAAGGGUUUUUUUUUAUUAAUACAUUUUUACGUUUAUCUUUAUUCAGGGUUUUUUGAGAUUUAGUGUAUCUUAGUUGAUCCAUUUAUUUAUUUAUUUUCCUGAAGAACUAAUUUGCUUUGCAUGUAACUUACAAUAAAAUUCCUCUGUGUGAUUAGAGUCUGGCUUUCAGGAAUAUGUAACACCUACUUUUCUUUCUUUUUUCUUGGGAAGUCAUUGCUGUUCAUCACUUUUUUCAUCAAGUGAAAUAUACAGCCUUAAAAAAAAUAGGCCUGGGAGUGUUUGUUUAUAUUUGCUUAAGCAGGUAAGAGUGGUUGCAUUUAUUAUAAAAUCUUAUGUAGUUUUUAAAUGUGAAAAUGUCAUCAAUAAUGGUAAUGCAAAUCAAAUAAAUAUGAUUCUAGAGCUCAAA